GUUUUGUUAGCAAGUUUGUUUUGGUCUGUUAUCAUGAAGAGAAGUUUGAUUCCGCUGAUUUCUAUGGGUGCAAUAUUUUUGGUUCUGGUUGGGGCCUGUCUUGUGAUUUUACUCCAAAAAGGCAAGUGCUUUAACAUUUUUUUCCAGUCGGUAAACAAAUAUCGGAAAACAAAGGCGAGUGAAUUGGCACGCUAUUCUGCCAUGCACUUCUACUAACUUCCUGUCGGGGUUUACAACAGUUUUACUAGGUUAGAGAUUAUACUUUCAGGUUAUUUUUGCAAAAGGAAGUUGUCAGUUUAAGUAAGAUUAGUCUCGAGCCCAUUUGUAGGAAAAGGCUCAUUUCCAGGCGUUAAGAUCUUUACGUGACGUGUAUGAGACUAUGGGGACCUUUAAUAUGUGAAUAUCAAUGUGAAGGGCAAACCCUACUCGGUCUUCAGUAAAUCAGCAUGGUCCGCGCUGCCGCACAUUAAAUGGAUGAGUCACUGUUGCUGGCAAGGAAAAUAGAUUUCUGUCCAUCGGUAAAUAGAUCCUUUUUCUAAGGAAAGUCAGUCGGAUUUAUCAGUAUACAAAUGUGGUCUCUGACUCUCGGAGCUCUAUAUACCGUAUUUAUUCGAAUAAGCGCCCAACCUCGAAUUAGCGCCCACCUCGAAUAAGCGCCCAUACUAAAGGCAGAAAAAGUUAAUAAGCGCCCAGCCUCGAAUAAGCGCUCACCCCCUCCUCCUCCCAAUCAAACUCAAAUAAGCGGUCACCCCCACCCAACCCACUUGAGUGAAUAAAUUCUAAUAAGAGACUUCCCCCAGGGCGGACUUUUCUUCAAAGUAUUUUACAGAAAUCUUGCUUUGUUACUUCUUCGCGUUUUGUUAUUAGCAUUUAUUGUUUUGUUGCAAAAUAAACACACUUUACUUGCUGAAAAUGAUGAAAAUUUAAUAAGCGCCCAGCCUCGAAUAAGCGCCCACCUCGAAUAAGCGCCCACCCUCAAGGUCUAAAAAUUUAAUAAGCGCCCAGGGCGGUUAAUCGAAUAAAUACGGUAGUCCAUUAUACUCAAUGGCCUGUGAGAUUUGUGCCCAUUAUCACUUACCCUGUUCUCAGGCGAUGGAUUGUAAAAAAGAAACAUUUAAAAUUUAUAGACCUAAGUCACUUUUAGAGUCUUUAGAUUCUUUGUAACAUUUUUACAGAAGUAUAUAAAAAAAUGGUCAUGGUUUUGGAAAGGUUCUAAGGUUUUCGUUACAUGCUGAAAUUAUCAUCUUUGAUGAAGUUAUUUCGGUUUACGUCACCCAGAGUCAUUCGCCGCCCUGCCUAUCGCUCGAAAUGUUAGCUUUGAUUCCUAGUUUUUCGCUGGCACCAUGAAAUACCUUAUCGCCAUUUCUGAUAAAAACAAUUUUUCUUUCACCUCUAAUUAUUGUUGGUAAAAGUCUGACCCGUUCAGAGAUCUAACAAAACUGAUGCCGAACCUCUGUACAAGCCACAUUUCAGUGGGGACCGUCUGCUACCGAUGAAACAGUCCUGAAACAAACUGAGAGGGAAAGACGAACUUUUUUAUCAACUCAUGACUUUUCCAUUCUGUAACAAAGAGACUUAUUUGUAUCUCAGUGAUGCACUUUACAUUUACAUACCAAGAUGAUUAUACUAUUCAUUUAUCAGAAACUAUUUUAUCUCGAAAAAAAAUCAUGAUUAAGUUUAAUAGCAUUGUAACAAGUGUUUGCUUACUUACUUAACUCAAAGCCAACAAACGUAACGAUUAGCGAGAUCAAGUGGGAUUACAAACAAGAACCUUUAUUUUUAGAUUGCUUUUGUUGCCCGCCGGGUACCGCUAUACACUGGCUUCGGGCGUUACUGACGGCUCAACUACUAUAUACCUCCCACAUCACUUAACCGAGCACGCAACGGACGGAUGUUAAUGGACCAGGGCUCCGACGCUCAAAUACAUACGUUCCUAUGAUAAAAAGGAUUACUUCUGCAGACAUUCGUUUAAUUAUACUCCGUCAGGUAAUUGACUUAAGACGGACCUCAAUUCAAAAUUUUCACCCGCAGCAUUGUCUGAACAUGUAGAGUUACCAACAGUUUUCCAGUUUGCUUUAAUUUCACGGUUUCAAGAUGAAAGGCAUCUUGUGUUUUAGGCGGAAAUUCAUUGGGAAAGAAGUGUUUUGUUGAUCACUGAUGAUUUCCCAGUUGUCGGCUAAGCUCAGACUUACUUGAAAUGGAGGUUCAAUGUGCCUCAUCUUUUAAAAUAUCCUUGAUAUUCUUUUCGGCUCGAUAGACUGGAUAGAGUAUAAUCUCUUUCAGCUCCUUUCGAAACUAUUUUUCUCUGCAAUGCCCCCGGAAUCCUAUAAGUAACUAUACAUUUUGCUUUUUAUUGCGGCUGUUUUAAUAGAUAUAAAUUAUUCUAUUCAGUUAAAAAAAUAUAUAGGAAGGUUCAAUAGGAUCAGGAACGCGAGAGCUAUGUUUAAACAAGCACAUCAUUUACCUGUAAACCCCAACUCAUCUGGUACGAUAUCAUUUCAUUGCUAACAAAUCUGAACAGUUAUUUUGAUAUCGAUUUUUUGACGACGACUAGUCCGUUUGACAGUCACAGUUAUUAAGGCGGCCGACUCAGUCAGUUUAAGAUAAUUUCUGUUAUUCUUUGGAAGUGUGCCGCUUGUAUUGAGAAGUGGAUAAUUGGUUAUUCUUGAUAAUUACAAACCACUUUUCAUAACAAUCGAUCAGUGAUUCAGUGGUUCGAUGUGAUUCACUAAUUUUAAUAAUUUAUAACAGUUUUUGAUGCAUGAAAUAAGGUUCGAAAGUAGAAUCACCACGACACGCAUUUAUGGAAUGUUACAGAUUUGCAAUGAAAAUCGACCAUGACAAAUUAAAAUGAAGACAUCAUCCGCUUAGUAACCCCGGAAGCAAAAUUAACGCAUAUGUUAUUUCCUUCCCAGGAAUGUUUCUUUGCCUGGGUAGAAUUUUGGGAAUUAUUGUUGGGAUAAGGGCUAGAUGGUUUAACCCUGUCGACUUUGUGUCCUAUAGUGUUUUUUCCACCUUGUAGCUAUAUUUGUUUUGCAUACUAAAUCUGCAAAUAAAAAAUAAAUAUGUAAUAAGACGUUGGAUUCACCGCAAAAAAAGCUUGGUAUGCUCGGAUUGAGCUUCCAGAGGUUUCCUUUCAUCUUCACCCUUAAACAAACAUGAGCCACAAGUUUAUUUUGCUAUAAUAAUGGAAUGAUAAAACACUAAAAAGCAUCAACAAACAAGGCUCAGAGAACAGGUUGUCUCAAAUAAGCAGAUUAAAGAUUAACGGAGAGGAUUAACAAUCUCAGAUCGUUAAUCCUUGCGUCGUUAUCAUCUGGUCCCCCUGGGCUUCCGUAGUAAUCAGAUGGAAAGCAAUUGUAGGAAUUUUUUUAUUAAAGUUGGCACUAUGACUUUUUUAAUACAGAUAGAUCCAGCAAAGACACAACUUCUGAAAACACGGUGAUGCUAUCUAGACGACCAGUCAAAUAUGAACAACAUGAAGAACAAGAUUUUCCUGUCGACGUGGGCUCAUUGAACAGACCUGAAGCUAGUAGGAACUCCACACAUAAAGAACAUUAUCGACGUUUUUGUCGCACUUGCUGUCAGACCCCACCGUAAGUUAUGUUUGGGUUAACACUGGAUUAGUCUUUAAGAGGCUUUUUCACACAAUGUGCUACCUUCUUAAAAAGCGUGUCUCCACUUCACUUGAAUUCCAAAAGUAAUGGAUCAGACUACAUGAAGGCAUUGAAACUGUUUCCUGUCUUCUGUUGCUAUCGAUGACUAGAGUCGAUAUUGCUAUGCCCAGGCGCGGAUCUAGGACCUUGCCAGGGUGCGAACGAGGUUGAUCUGGAUGUGGAAAUAACUGUGGGAAUGUUGAUUAUAAAAAGGGUUUUCCAUGUAUGUACUGAACACGACUAACACAACCUCGUUCCCAGGUUCUUUCUCCUGCCGGCCUCUCUCGGCCUUCUCGCUUCGUAGGGACGGGUAGGAGAGAACCCUGGGAAUGAGGUUGUGACCAUUAAAUGUUGCUGGUUUGUUAACAGGUGUUGGUACAAAAACCACAAGGAGUGUGGCAAAUGUGCUGAUCAGUCAAAAACAAGACAAGGAGUAUCAUCACGGCUUCUCCGGAAAUCAUUCAAAAAGGCGGCACGCCAUCACAGAAGAGAGCAGAUAAGAAUGCAGGAAAACAAUCUGAUGCACUGA